CCUAGUGAGCCCUACAUCAGAGCAGUAUGACAGCCUCCUUCGGCAGAUGUGGGAGAGGAUGGACGAGGGAUGCGGAGAGACCAUAUAUGUCAUUGGGCAGGGAUCAGAUGGGACUGAGUACGGGCUGAGCGAGGCAGACAUGGAGGCCUCCUACGCUACCGUGAAGAGCAUGGCCGAGCAGAUCGAGGCCGACGUCAUCCUCCUGCGGGAGCGGCAGGAAGCCGGCGGCCGAGUCCGGGACUACCUGGUGCGGAAGCGUGUGGGAGACAAUGACUUCCUGGAGGUCAGCGAAGGCAAUGUGGUGAACAAGCCGGACAGCCACGGGGGCAGCCUGGAGUGGACCAAGAUCUGCGAGAAGUCCACCAAGGUCAUUACCUUCAUUGACUUGGCUGGCCAUGAGAAAUACCUCAAGACGACGGUGUUUGGCAUGACCGGCCACUUACCGGACUUCUGCAUGCUCAUGGUGGGCAGUAAUGCUGGCAUCGUGGGGAUGACCAAGGAGCACCUGGGCCUGGCCUUGGCUCUCAAUGUGCCCGUCUUUGUGGUGGUCACCAAGAUCGACAUGUGUCCUGCCAACAUCCUGCAAGAAACACUGAAGUUGCUGCAGCGCCUGCUGAAGUCGCCGGGGUGCCGCAAGAUCCCCGUGCUGGUGCAGAGUAAGGACGACGUGAUUGUCAUGGCCUCCAACUUCAGCUCCGAGAGGAUGUGCCCGAUAUUCCAGAUCUCCAACGUCACCGGUGAGAAUCUGGACCUGCUGAAGAUGUUCCUCAACCUGCUGUCCCCGCGCACCAGCUACCGGGAGGAGGAGCCCGCUGAGUUCCAGAUCGACGACACCUACUCAGUCCCGGGUGUAGGGACAGUGGUGUCGGGGACAACCCUGAGGGGCCUGAUCAAAUUGAACGACACCCUGCUGCUGGGCCCGGACCCCCUGGGCAACUUCCUGUCCAUCGCCGUGAAGUCCAUCCACCGCAAGCGCAUGCCUGUCAAGGAGGUGCGGGGCGGCCAGACGGCCUCCUUCGCGCUCAAGAAGAUCAAGCGCUCGUCCAUCCGGAAGGGCAUGGUGAUGGUUUCCCCACGCCUGAACCCCCAAGCCUCCUGGGAGUUUGAGGCGGAGAUCCUCGUUCUGCACCACCCCACCACGAUCAGCCCUCGAUACCAGGCCAUGGUGCACUGCGGGAGCAUCAGGCAGACGGCCACCAUUCUGAGCAUGGACAAGGACUGCCUGCGCACUGGGGACAAGGCCACAGUGCACUUCCGCUUCAUCAAGACCCCUGAGUACCUGCACAUCGACCAGCGGCUGGUCUUCCGGGAAGGCCGCACCAAGGCCGUGGGCACCAUCACCAAGCUCCUGCAGACCACCAACAACUCCCCGAUGAACUCCAAGCCCCAGCAGAUUAAAAUGCAGCCGACGAAAAAGGGCCCCCUGAGCAAACGAGAAGAGGGAGGUGCCUGUGGCGGGCCAGCAGUUGGUGCCCCCCCACCGGGGGACGAGGCUGCCUCUCCAGGGGCCAUGCAGCCAGCUGCAGCCAGCGGUCUCCAGUCACAGCCCAAGCCCAGCAGUGGGGGCCGGCGACGGGGUGGCCAGCGGCACAAGGUCAAGUCCCAGGGAGCCUGUGUGACGCCUGCCAGCGGCUGCUGACUGGGCCAGCCCACCUCCAGCACCGAGAGAGCCUCACCCUGGCCACGGCAGAGCCAUCCCGUCCCGUCCCCCCAACCCCCACUUUCCAGGGGGCUAUAAUUUAUAAGCUGAGGCACGUGGCCAGACUUCCUGAGGACUGACUGUCACCCCCUCCCCAUCUUCCUGCCCAUCCACACGUUUUUGUACAUCCGGGUCCUUCGUUUUUAUUCUUCUUAUUAUAGAUCUUGAUCUCAUGCAGCGUGUAUGUGCGCGUGUGAGGUGGCCGAUGUGGCCAAUCGGGGCCCUGUCACCUCCCUCCCUCCUUCCAUGGCUGGCCACCAACCUCCAGGAAUGGCCCCCGCUCUGCUCUUCCGUCCGUGUGUCCAUCUCUGUGAAGACCCUCAGGGUCUGUAGGGGCGGUCAGGGAGCGGAGGGGGUGCCUCCCCCUCCCUGCCCCCACCACCCUGCCCUGUGCACCUCUGCACUCGCAGGGCUGCUGCUGUCAGCUCGAGGAGCUUCUUGUCCCGUCCUCUGCCACCAGUCACCUCUGUCCCUGAAAGCCCAAGAACAGGUCAUGCCAAAAGCUGCUAAGUGUCAGCCUGUGGAGGUGUUAGCAGGAGGGGAGGGGAGCCGGAGGGGAUCCUCCCCACCCCCAACUCCGACCCAAAGACCAAGGGUGGGUUUCUCUCAGAGACAAUCUUGGUUGCCAGGGCUGCGGGCCCUGCCAAGCCCCACCAGCCCGGAGCCACCUCCUUCUUGGAAGCUGGCUCUGAACUGUGCUGGGCCCUGGGCCUGCUCGGGGUCAUGUUUUAUAGCCCCUGGAGUGGUGGGGUGGAGGUUGUCCAGACUCUGGACCAGCCUCAUCCCUCCUUCCCCCAGCCUGAAAGGGCCAGGCCGGCGUCGGGUUUGGUGGAGGGUGCCCUGAUUUGGGCCUGGGCGGUGUUUGGGAGCCCUGGCUGGCGGAGCAGGGAUGGAGGGCGUGGAAGAAACGCACAGGGCCCGGGGGCCCUGGAAGAAUCACCCCUUGAGGGGGUUACCGAGGUGAGGCCAGGGUUGGUGAUUCUGCCUGAAGGCCGAUGUAGGGUGAACUGAUGGGCUGAGAGCUGUCCCCUUGCCAGCCGGGGCAGACACCCCCACCUAUCUUCCCCCCUUUUCUGGACCCUUUUUGCUCCCCCCCCCCAUACCCCACCCUAGUUCCCUGUGGCUGUGAGCGGCUCAGACCAGCAUACACAAUAAAAGUUGUUCCAAGUCACCAGUGUCCUGGUCCCUGCCCAGCCCCUCCAGGCAGGUGCAGCCCAGGGGCAGCGCUAUGGCUCUGUCUUCCCGUGAGCGAGUGCCCACUGAGCCCCCGGAGCAGGUCUGGUGGGGGGCAUGGGGAACAGCUUCUCCCCCAGCCGUCUCUGAGCUCCUGUCUCCUCACUGCCAGCUCAAAGCAACCCUGGGGAGGCCAGGGGUUAGUGAGGGCUGGCAUGGGUGUUCUGACCCGGGGUGGGAGUCUAUAAAUGAUGCCCAUCCUCUGCCACCCAUGCCGGCAGAGGCCACAUGCUGGGCUAAGGCCCAGGAAAAGUGCUGCGUGGCUGGGGCUGUGCGUGAGCCUGCUGCUUGGAGGGAGGUGCUGGCAGUUGGGCUUCUCUAGAGGAGGAAGCUGCAGCUCAGAGACGUGGCCCCUGCGAUGGCCCUGCCCCCUCGGUUCACCUGUCAGCAGCUUGGUCUUUCUCUCUCAAGCCCUGCCAUCCCUGCCGCUGGGUUCCUGAGACAGCUGCCCCUGGCUGAGCCCUCUGGGGCCCGCCCCUCUGCGGGCACCCUCUGGCCCUGGGGUCGCUGCUGUGGACCGCCUGCCCCCACAGGCCCUGGCCUCUGCUCCCAGAGCAGACAGAACCUUUGGUGGGAACUCUCUGGGCCCCAGGAGGGUGGUGGCGGCAGUAACCAUGCUGUAUCCAGAAGCCACGGCCACCAUCCUGGCCUCAAGCUCCGAGGGCCGGUGUGGGCUGCAGUCGCUAGCCGUGCCCUGGCAGGCCGCUUGGUGGAGUGUUUCACCGUUGUCGUCAUCCUCCUCGGGACCACAAAGGCCCCAGCCAACCAACCUCCAUUUGGAACAAGACACCAGCCCUUUUGUAGUUGAUGAAGAAUAAAGUUGUUGAUCCAAUCCUCCUA